UUGAUCCUAAUGGCAUCCCGUAGUACAGCAAUAAUCACGUGGGUGUAUCAGGAACAACUUGAAACAAUGAGGGUCUUCCUGUGAAACAAAAUGGCUAGUCCGCUAGGUAGACGAUUUGUGUAGUGAAUGAAGUACUCAGCCAUAUAGCUGAGUUGGCUAGCUAUAUAAUUAAGACGCAAAUGUAUUUAUCUAUACCAGGCCGAGCUGAAUUAUUUUACCCAAAAAGUGUCCGGUUUCAGUGUCACCUUCAUGUUUACGAACACGGUGUGAUGAGUAUGGAGUGACAGGGGUGGUGGCAACACGUUACCCUGCUAAGGUUAACUGGACGGCUAGCUAGCUAACUGUUGGGGGUCUGCAGUGCGAUUUUCAACAGAAUGCAAUGGGCAACUGCUGGGCUCAGUGCUGCGGGGUGUUCAGACGGGAGGCAAACAGGAUCCAGCGAGGAGGGGGGUCCAAGUACUUCAGAAGCAGUACCACCGGAGAGCAUUACACCAUAGAGUUUGAAAACCUGGUGGAGAGUGAUGAGGUGGAGAGUCCAGGAAGCAGCCCUAGACCGAUCAGUGAGGAUGAGAUCACCCACCUGAAGGAGCAGCGCUACGCCGCCAUAUCUGACAAGCAGACGCUGAUCGAUGAGAAGCUGCAAGCUGAGCUGGCGGCUCAAGAGGAGGCGCUGAGGAAGGAAGAGGAGGCGGAGCACGCCGCCCAGCGCGAGGCCGCCCGGGCGGCCCGUGAGCGAAUGCGGGCGGAGCAGGCAGCACAGACCAGGGCAGAAGCUGGACGCAGUGGAGGCCAUCAGAAAACACUGGCUGCUGGAGAGGACUUCGAGACACACCUCCCCAGCGUGACGGCCCAGACAGGGGCGGCCCCGAGGAGCAGCCGGGUGCCGUCUGAGGUCACGGCCGCCACACCCAACACGGAGAGCAGCUGCGACGUCACCAGCAAGACCCGCUCGACCAAUGAGGAUGGGACCUCGCUCGACCUGGAGUGGGAGGAUGAGGAGGGAAUGACGGCGGCGGUCCUGGUGCCGGAGCGGUCCAAGACGGAGGAGGACAUCCUGCGGGCGGCAGCCGGGAGGCGGACGGAGAGCGGCCCCACCUCUGCCUCAGAGGACUCCAACGCCCUGGAGUGGGAGAACGACUUCGUAAGCGCCCACGCCGACGACACCGGCGACUCUGACGUCGACGGCGGCUUCGUCAACCCCCUCCUGGACACACCCUCUGAGGCCACCACGGAAACCUCCAUCUCUGACGAGCAGGGCAGAUAGUUCCUGCAAGGGGGUGCUGCGGUCAGAACAAAUUCGGACCGAAACUGAGUUACGAGACUGGUCUGGAGAUCAAUCUGAACAUUCGCCAAUGUGCUUAUCAGAAGUUAUGCCUUUUGAGUUCUUGGUACUUUUCUGAGGGUGAUUCUGAUUGCAAAUUCUAAUCAGAAAGAAAUCAUUCUUUUUGCCAGUUAUAUGUUCUUUGUGGAUGGUGGGAGAGGGAGGGAUCACAGAUUGUAUUUAAUCCAAGCCCUGUCAUUAUUUAUAGUUGUGUUAGAAUACAAGGGGCAAACACCUGCACAUGUAUCUUUUUGAAUGACUGGCGGUUCAGAAGGUCAGAGUUCAUAUUUUGUCCAAUCCUUUGACCACUGGCCUUCCACACAAAGAGUUUUCUUCUUUUUAAAUUGUCUUUGGAUUUAGCCUUAUGUUGUAUGGAUGUGGCUGCCUUCGCUGUUUUAACAUGGGGAAUUCUUUCCUUUCUAGGCAUCACUGAAUCAAGUGCAAUUUACAGGCGCUCUGUUCAGCCAUGUCUGUAUGCAGGAAUGUGAGUGUGUGCGUCUUUUUGCAAACAGUUUCAUUGUUGACUGUGAAUGAGUGCAUGUAUGUAAGCCCAUGUCAGUGAGAGUGCAUAAGUGAGUGUGUAUAUGCAUGCUUGAGCCCUCCUUCAAGAGCUAAACCACACUGCUCAGAGUACAGAAACCACAGCAGAAAAUCACUUAUUUUCUGUGCUGAAGAUCUGAUACUUCCACUUUAGUUAAUUCAGGGAUAUUUACUGUUUCGUAUGUCUGCAAUUGGUGAUCUUUUUAACCGUUGUAAUGCUUUCUUCUAUUUGUCCAUCGUGGAUUUGUUUUGUUUUUAUCCUAGUAGAUACAUACACUAUGCUAUAGUAUUGGAUCAGCCGAGAGGUUACUUUUAAAUAUCAACAUUCCAGGGUUUUGAUGUAUUAAACACUGGAGGUGUGAUCAAACACAUCUGGUCCCCCAAAGAUGCCUCCAGGCUUCCAUAUGUAGGUUUAUCAAUGUCAGUAUGUGAGUGAUUUGAUCCCUAUGGCUCUGCAAGCUUUUGGGUGGGCCAUUUCAUGUGAAUGUAUUGGUUUACCACCUUCAAAGUGGCUAGCAGAUUAAUCCACUAAGGCAACUGUCAUAGAAUGUCAUAGAAUGCUUGCCAUCAAUUAGGGCACCUAGUGGAAAUUUUUGCGUGCCUCUACAGUCCUCUGCCACAACUUAAACAUUCCUGGAGAAGCCUUUAAGGGAAGUAGGGAUGUAGUUUUGAACAAGCGUUUUUACUGUUAUUUCUAAAGUGGUAGAUUAGCACAAAUGUAGGUGAUAUCUGAAGUGACAGCAGGUAUGCAAACCUUUGUGACAGUGCUUGACUCCUCCAUGGACCUGAGUGGUGCCCCUGUUAUUAAAACCAUUUACCCAGGAUUGAGUGGCUGCAAUUCAGCUAUCAUUAGUUUCUGUCCACAUCUCAAAGGAAGCGAGUGUCCAGUGCAGUUCCUAAGCAGAGGUUGGCCUCGGUGAAUGACCAUUGAAGGAUUGCAUUUCUUUCCCCCCCCCGGGUCAACACAGGCCUGUUUUUGGACCCCUCACUUCCUGUCACAGUAUCAGCCAAUCAAAGGCCACGUCGCAACUAGUGUUGCGCAUUCAUGUGUGCAGUUCUCUCAUGCUGGAGAACUGCACACCUUCACUUCACAUUGUAAUGUGUAGCUUUAUGUGAGCUGAAUGUGCGUUCUCUACAGUGCCUACUUUAGACACUGUUUGGUUCA